UCAGCUGAUCCGGCUUCGGGACAGUUGUCUCAUUCAUGCUGGAGCGGUAGCGCUGAGCGGAUCAUCUGGAGCUCCUGUGUGCCAUCAACAUGAAAACGAAACGAACACUAUUCCAACGUGGAUAACAGAAAAUCGACUUAAUCAUGCGCAGACACUCGUACCAAUGGAUACGCAUUCGACGCGUCCUGGAAAUGUCGGGGACACUUUGAUUUAUUUGUCCGUGUCGUUUUUGAAAGUCUGCAACUGUUGGAAAUAUUCUGCCGCUAGGAAGUAUUUGAUUGUUGCUGUUGUGUGUUUUGUUUAUUUGUUUUUCACCGUUCAUGUCAGUCGUGCGUCUACUCGCCAGGACAAACGUCCUGAUCUGUGGACUGGAAAUAGCGUUUAUUCUCAGAGUAAAACUGACCAGGACCCCGUUGAUGGGGAGGUGAAUGAAUCUGUGAGCCCGACCAGGUCUAAUGUGGUGUAUAUAACGCUCAAAUUUAAGCGACACAAACCGGCCAUCAUCAGGGGCACAGUGCGACCCAAACUCCGGAGAAAGAAAGUUAAAGUGAGACAGCAGGGUAAAGUGAAGGACGCGGGACACAAAACCACCGCUAACACACGACUGGGAUAUUCUGAGCUUGAUGGCAGUGACACUGGCUAUUCAUCCAUAAGGAUAUACAGUGAAAGAGCUCCUCCAUGGUUCAGCAAUGACGAUAUCACUGCCAUGCGCUUUCUAGCCGAUAGUAAAAUUACGCAAAUUGAUGAAGUGGCACCUGGGGGCUUUUCUUCUUUAAUUUUGUUUAAAAGUGCGACAAAUGGCACGGACGAUGUUGAUGAGUGUCGUAAAUGUUGCGGUAUUGUCAAGCGACCCUUGGACAUGAGUGAGGUGUUCGCCUUUCAUCUGGACAGGAUUUUGGGACUGAACAGAACUUUGCCAGCUGUCAGCAGACGAUUCCACUCUCUUGGAGAUGGUCAGCCUUGUCCAGUGGUUUUGUGGGAUCCUUCUUUAAGCCCAGUAGUAGAUCAACCCUCUGAGAGGUUGAACUGGGGCUCAUACCAAACCUCUCUCAAAUACAAGUGCUGGCAUCGGGGCAUCAUACCUAAACCAGAGUGGAGCUGCACCAGCAUCCACCAUCACGAAUGGAGCAAGCUUGUAGUCUUUGAUUUCCUCCUGCAGAUUUAUGAACGUCUAGAUAAAAACUGCUGUGGAUUCAAGCCUCGCCCAGAGGACACCUGUGUUGAGCUUGGUUACCAUGAAGAAUGUAGAGACAAGGACGGCAUAGAGCUGACACACAUAAUCCACCGUAAACAUGACCCACACCACCUGGUUUUCUUCAACAACAAGGGCUACUUUGACCGAGAUGAGGGGAAUUUGAACUUCAGGCUACUAGAGGGAAUCAAAGAGCUACCAGAUCAGUCUGUGUCAGUGCUGAGGUCUCAGCGUCUCAGGGAAAAGCUCCUGCAAUCGCUAUUUCUCGACCAGCAGUACUGGGACAGUCAGGGUGGCCGUCAAGGCAUUGAAAAACUCAUUGAUGUGAUUGAGAGAAGAGCCAAAGUCUUGCUCACAUACAUUAAUGCCCAUGGGAUUAAAGUAGUACCUAUGAACUCUUGACAAAUGGAGCUUAAGCUUUCAAUGUGUAAGACGAACCACCAUCCUUUUGGUUUCCAAUGAAUGUUGAUGUUUUCGACAGAUUAGUAUGCCAACGAAGACCUGCUGAAAUUAAGCUCUUUCAGUCAAAAUUCUAUGCACUACAGAAUUUAAGAGCACAUUGGGGUGUUGUAAGCGCUGCUCCCAUUUAAGACGAGAAGAAAUUAUAGUUCUUCAAAUGCUCUACCCAGAGUCCAGGGCUAUUUUUUGGCACCACUGACAUUCCACAAGUUAAAGGCACUGUAAGUGAUAUGAUCUGUUUUGGUAACUUCCACCAGCCUUAGCUUCUGAAUUUGACUGCCUCUCAUGUCCAAAAUCCCGCCCACUAAUGACAUAUCAGCAAACCUUAUGUAAGCAAUCCAAAUUCUCAAACUGAGUCCUUUGGUCAGUUACACAUUGAUGUCUAACAGCCAGCCUGUUUUAAUGUUUAAACAGCCAAGUUUGUCACAGAGAGGGGUGCGAUUUCUCAGGAUACCUAUUUUAGUUACACUAUACAUCAAAGAGUGUGUACUAUUCCAUAAACACCACUAAAGUACUUUCAAUUCCAAUUUUAUAAUCAAUGAAUGUUCCUCUCAAUAAGUAGUUUCAGUCAGUUAUUAAUUUCAACUAGCAGUACAGAUUUGUAACAAUAUUUCUGCUAUAAUCUGCACAUACAGUACAUAUGUUUUGUCUGCUGUGAUGAAGGUGUUCAUGAUGAUGGCUCCAGCAUCGUUAAAUCUGGAAAUGUUGUACUUGUGUACAAGUUGAUCACCAUGAAGAUGAUAUGAAUCUUCUUUCAUAUGAAUGGCAGUAUUCACUGUGCCCUCAGAAGUGUUUAUUUUUGUACUAUAUUGUUUGCAUUUGUAAAAAUAUACAUAUAUAGAAUUAAAGUGGUACAUAUCAGUUAAUCGUAUAAUCAUUU